AUGGGGGAAGAAGAAGAGAUCCAGGUGAACCAGCCAUCGGAUUUGUUAAUCCGCGCUGAGGCGGCGCUGAAACGAAUCGAGGAUGAGGCGGAGAGCAUGGAGGUUACUCAGGAUUCCCGAAGGGAACUGGUGGCCACUUUGCUAAAGGAAGCCAUCGACGCUGCGGAAGGAGGAGAGGAGGAGGAGCUCAAUAAGCUGGAGCUCGCCAUCGAAGGUGCUCAAAAGUUGGGCCUCCACGCGGAGUUGCGCGUUGCAGGUCGCCGCGUGCUGGCGAGGUGGCGAAAGAAGAAUCCAAGAGCUCAAUGUGCAGAAGCAGAGGUGUCGCGGCUAAGCCGGCAGCUUUCUGAGCUGAGUUCCUUGCUUUGGCCCGAACAGUCGCUUUGGGCUGGAAGCUCCACGAGCUCCACCGCCUCGGUGGGUCAGGAGGCCUCCUUUCGUCAACGCCAGGAGAUGUGUCUGAAGCAGCUUACUCGAGCCAUCUCAGAAGCUGAACUGGCUGGAGUGGAGGUGGCUGUGGUGGAGGAAGCUCGACACUCUGCUGAGCGUGUGCAGGAGCAAAGAAAGGCUGAGAGGUCUGCCAACCGGAAGUUGGAGAGCUUGCUUUCGAGUGAUUGCAACCAGGUGAAAGAGAUCUUGGAGCAGAAGAAGUUGAAAAUCUGUGGGGCAGAAGCACGACGUGUCUUGACAGAUGUUGCAGAUCAUUUGGUUCGACAGGCUGAAAAGGAGCAGCAGCAAUCCUGGUUGAUGCAAGAGCUUGCUGCUGCAGGUGAGAAUGGGGAUGCAGCUCAGUUAAGAAAAUUGAUGACGCAAGCUUCAUCCCUGGACUUGUGUGUCCCACCCUCUGUCCUUGCAUUGGUUGAUGAGUUAGAAGCUGGCGACAGCACCAGGCUGGACUUCACCAACUUGACGAGCACAUCAACCGUGCGGAGUCAUGUGGAUGUCUCUGAAAAGCUUGCUGCCAUGCAAGCGAGACAAAGUAAGCUCCUUCGCAGAGCCAUUGAAAAGGCAGAGCAAUAUCCAGAUACCCGAAUUCUGGAUGCGGCUCAAAAGGCAUUGGCCGAAGCAAAGCAGACUCGGGUUCCACUGGAUGACAUUGCAGUUUUUGAGAGGCGGCUCGUUGUUUUGGAGAAUACCCACAGACCACGAUUGAAGGUUGAAGAAGGAUUGCACAAGCUGAUGUCACAAGUCGAAGAGGUCACCAUCGGCGCCGUUGCAGAGAAUGUCUUGAAAGACAUCGUGCAGGUGCAUCAGUUGGCUCGGCUGGUGGCAGAUGGUAUGCGCUUCGGCGUGGAUGAGGAUUUGCUGGAGGAUGCGGAGGAACUCCACGAGCGAUCCGUGGAGUUCCUCCAGCUGCGCCGCAGCGCCGAGGAUGAGCUGCAGGCCGCCUUCGGUCGACGCAUCCGCGAUGCCAGCGACUUGGAGCGCCUCCAUUUGGCGGUGGACGAAUGCAAGCGCGUGGGGCUCAACGUCCACACGGCCGAGCGGCAAGUGCUACGCUUGAAGGAUUUGCAGGUGAACCGCGAAUCCACACAGGCUGAGUUGAUGGAAGCCUCACGAGGCGUGGGCGUCGCGGGGCGCUUGCGCCUGGAAACCGCGGUGCGUGCGGCCAAGAGCGCGGGCGUGUCGGCGGAGCAGCUGCGCGCGGCGAGCCAGAAGCUCCAGGAGCUCCGGGAACACGAGGAGCGCUGCGACGUCUUAGCUGGAGAAGUGCAACGGUCGCUUCCACUGUUGCAGAAACAGCCCUGGCGCUAUCAGCAGCUUUUGGAAAAAGCCAGAGCAUUGAAGCCAUGGACGUCCAAAUUAGAACGGCUCAUUACAGACGGCAAGGAGAUCUUGGAUAAGAGAGAAAAGAGCAAUGCCAGACGCAGGGAGGUGCGAGCCGAGCUCGUGGAACAGCUGAAACGAGUUGAGGAGUGUCGUGCGAGUGGCAAAUCGACUGCAGAGCUCUUGGGGCCGCUCAGAGACCUGUUGGAUGCAGCUGAGACGGCAGGACUGCAGCAUGAGAGCAUCAAGAAGGGGAAAGAGUUCUUGCAACAUGCCAGAAGAGAGGCCUGUCAGCGCAGCGUCGCAGAGCAUCGCCUGCAGCUGGCGUUGAAUGCUCGAGACCAGGGCGAAAUCGAGCGCUCGAUGCGCCAGGUGCGAGCUUUAGGGCAGGUGGGUUUGACGGAUCAUCGUCCUCAUCGCCCUCAUCUCCGAGGCGAGGGGGACUCGGCCGGGCUCAUGGAACAAGCCAGCUCCGUGCUGCAAAGCCUCACCGAGGUCGCUGCCAGGCGACAUGCGGCCGCCGAACGCCUGCAGGAACGCCUCCUCGCCGUGGCGGAUUCCACCGACCAAGCUCUACCAGUCUUGCCAUCCUCAUCGCCCGAUGCCUCUAAGACGACGUGGCGUGACGCGAGUGCUGCCAUUUCAGAGGCCAAGCAUUGUGGCGUGACGCGAACGCUCAUUGAGCAGGCGAAGCUGAAGCUGCGCUUAAAGCAUCGGAAGAGGCAGGAACAAGAGGAGGCAUGCAAAUCCUUGCAGAAGAUCCUGGCCAAAAAGGAGGUCCCCAAGCAAGUCUUAUUGGCAAAGAUUACGAAAGUGCAACGGCUACAAGGUGAACAGGUGCAGCACACGGCUUCGCUGGAACGUGCUUUGGAGGAACAAAAGAAGGACCACAUGGCUGACCUGGAAAGAGCAGUGAAGGAACAGAAGAAGGUUCAUGAGGCUGCCCUGCAAAGAGCCUUGAAGGAGAACGAUGAAAAUCACUGCCGGAGCUUGGAGGAUCAGCAGAUGAAGCACACCGCUGCCCUGGAAAGUGCUUUGGAGGACCACAAGGUGAAGCACACUGCUGCGCUGGAAGGUGCUUUGGAGGAACAAAGGAAGGGCCAUGAGGCUGCGCUGGAAAGGACCUUGAAGGAGCAUCAAGGUCACGCUGCGCAGGAGAGGAACUGCCAGCAGCAACAGCACGUCAGGGAUAUGGAGGUCUUGGAAGAAGAGCUCAAAUCGAAGUUCCAGGCCCUGCUGGAAGCCAAGGAACUGGAGGAGCAGAAGGCCAAAGAGGCCUUGAAGGCUGCCUAUGUCCAGCGCUUGGAGGCUCAGGAACAACAGCAUGUCCAGCAAAUGGAGGAGAUGGAGCGCAAAUGGCAGCGAAGCUUCGACAAGAAGUGUCAGGUGUUGUUGGACUCCAUCAAGGACGCUUCACAGGUCUGGGAGGAGGUGAAGUUGGAUGGAGAGGUCCCGAAGGCAGAGACUGGCGACCGCUUCAUGAACGAAACUUCUUUGUCGCUCUUCCCGGCGGUUUGUGUGAAAGUCGACGGUCCGUCUCUGACCUUGGCAUCGCUGGAUCGUGAGGCGGAUGUUCGCGGUGAAACACAUGCGCGUGCCGCGACAAGCGACGUUGGUGAAUUUCGAGUGAAACGCCUGCCAGCGAGGUUCGGUACCACUGAGAAAUACCCGGACCGGACCUGCUUUCAUUUGCGACAUCGCUUCGAUCACGACCUCCGCUUGGAAUCGCUUCAUUUGCGCGGCUUCCUUCGAUGCUCGGAGCUUCCGUCGCCGAACAGACGCUCCAGCGCGCCACGCGGCACUUCUACGCAAACGGCUUGGACUUGCCCAGCUUUGGACGGGUCUAUGCUGAGGCAGCUCAUGCGGAAGAUGUGUUCGUUCGGAGACAAAGCCUUGGCGCUCCUGGAGACGAACCAAACGAAGAGCUCUCUACGGGGGUCCAACGGGGACGUGGUGCCCUUUGGCUCCGCAGAGAGCUAUGCACAGGGCUUCGAAAAGGUCACAGAUGGAGAUCUCACCAGCCAGUGGAGCUCCCACGCACGGCCGCCGGUCACCACAAGGCCGGCCUGGCGAAUACCUGAGCCCGCUUUCGUGCAGGCGCCACCUGUCGCCUCUGUCGCGACCUGGCGGCUACCUGACUUCAAGGAGAUGCUUGGCGAUUAUCCCGGUGUCCUGCUUGUGGAUCUAGGGGCUCCCUCACAGAUCGAUCACAUGCGGCUCUACAGCGCUGUAGAGGCCGGCGGCUUCGAGACGUUGAAGGUCUACUGCUCCGUGGAUGGUUUGUCCUGGCCACUGGUGCGUGCGGAGAGCAAUCGCUUCCAUUGUAGUCCAGGUGUCAUGAGCCACCAUCAUGGCUGGCCUGAAGAAACGCGCUAUGUUCUCCUGGAGAUGCAAGACCGAUGCUCAGGAGUGCACCGUCCCGGGCGCUUCGCCGUGGCGGAGUGGGAGAUUUGGGGCGCUCCCAGGGUGGAGAUGGUGCCCUUCUUGUGGCGCUCCUGGCCGAAGUGUAUGGAUCUUCAGCCUUGCUUUGCCUACUCGGAGCUAGAGCAAACCAAGCGAAGCUGCCUGGCCGACGACGCCUGCGACGGCUUCUCCUUUUCCUCCGAGCGGAUGAAAGGCGGUAGCGGUAGUGGAUGCUUUAAGACUCGGUGUCGUGGCUAUGAGGAGGUGAACGGCACAGAGCGGCUCGCGCUGCCGCCCGUGCCGCUGGGCCGUGGGAGCUUCGGUUACUGGGCCAAGCGUCGAUGGCCAUGGCCCUUUAUCGGUGCUUAA